AUGUCUGAAGACUCAUAUGAAGAUUCAUACGAGGCUGGGUACGAAACAGACUCGGGGGAUGAUGACCAAGUCCAAUUGAAACCGAUCACUCGUGAAGUUUCAGGGAAGAAAGUGACUGAGCGUGUCUCUCCUGCAUUUUCAUUUGCAUUAAGCGCGGGGAGACAAGACGUCUUAAGUGACAAAUUACUACCUCCGUACUUAUCCGUCCACGACUCUAAAUUGAAUUUUAAGUCUCAAAUUGAUGGAUCGACUGCUUUACAUAUUGCUGCAGAACAAGGGAAAUCCAAUUUAGUGAAUCAAUUGCUGAAGGCAGGGAUCACUAAGAAUUCUAAAGACUCCAAUGGGAACACCGCGUUACUUCGUGGGGUGAUAGCUGGUCGAACGAAUGCGUGUGUAUACUUAGCUAGGAAAGUCAAGAAGAGUGGGAUUGAUAUUCAGAAUGAUUUGGGAGACUCUCCCAUUUAUGUUGCGUGUCGGAGAAAUAACACUAAACUCCUUGAGAAACUGGUGAAGUACGGAGGAAAUGUUAACGCACAUAAUAAUAAAGGUAUUACCCCUUUAAUGGUCGCUUGCUUCUACCUGAAUAUAGAAAACAUGGACAUCUUGAUCAAAGCUGGCGCAUCUUUAGAUGCUUAUGACGGAGACCACUCGAACUGUUUGCAUUAUAUGGCGAAGGCAAAGGGCCUUGCAAAGGUCACGAAAUUUGGACCAUUUUUCGACUAUUUUCGGAAGAGUGUGAAAUUAGCGGAGAGUGCUGAUGUCAGUGGGAACCAACCGUUGUACUAUGCGUUACAAAGUAAGUGUGAACCCCUUGUCAAUUUCUUGUUGAAUGUGACGUCAUUAAAAGAUGUUCGGUUGGUCUAUAAUGAGACGAGUAGUCCUCUUCCUGUCGAGGCUGAACAAACAGAAGUGAAAGUAGUCGAAAUAGAUAAGAAGACGGAUGAGUAUGGAUAUGUCCAAGAAACGAUUGAGGCGCCACAAGUGCCUGAAGUCGUGAAAAAGAUUAAUGUGGAAGACAAAGAAAAGAAGUGGACGGUCAUGUUAGAUGAAUGGGUCAAGACGAGUAAAACGCCGCGAUAUCUCUUUCGAAGAGUAUAUAAGUUCAUUCCGAUCAAUCAGAGGAAAAGGUAUUGGGAAAUUGAACUGAAGGUCGAAAGCAGCGAAACGGAGUCGCCGGGAUAUUUCAAUCGGAUUGUCGAGAAUCAGGAGAGAGGACAUGACGAUGACCAAAUCCAUAAAGAUGUCAUUCGAGCACAUCAAAAUAACGUCCACUUCAUGACGAAGUUUGCGGAUGGGCAAAGAACAUUAUUUAGAGUGUUACGGGCUUGGUCGAUGCAAGAUAAGGAAGUUGGAUAUGUUCAAGGAUUCUCUGAUUUGUGUGGGUUCUUAAUACUUGUGAUGCAAAAAGAGGAGGACGUGUAUUGGGGGUUUAAUACUAUAAUGAACGAUCCAAAGUAUAAUUUGCGACAAAUGUGUUUGCCCGAUUUUGUAGGGAUAAAGAAGUGCGCAUUUGUUUCCAUGAAAGUCAUGAAAAAAUAUCACUCAAAGAUUUUUUAUCAUUUAAAAGAGAUUGAUUAUGAUUUUGAAAAUUGGCAAACGUUCAUGUUCGAAUAUUUCAUGUUAUGGUUCUGCCGAAAAUUCCCAGUGGAGUUGGAAGUUAGAGUACUCGAUAUCAUCUUUUUGGAGGGAUGGGAAAUCGUUUUUUCUUUUUUUAGUACCAUUUUACAUUUCUCAAAAGAAGCUAUUAUGAAACUAGACAACCCAGACUUUGUUAAUAAGGGAUUAGCAGAACCAAUGGAACUGAUGGGAAAGAAUUACGACGAGAGAAGGUUCUUUGAGUUUUUGAAAAAGGGUCGAAUCACGCCAAAGGAGAUUAGAAAGUGGUUUGCGAUUGCUUCGCCGAAAUGA